AUGGUUAUGACAAGAUUCGUGGAUUACUUCGUUGUCAUCGGAUAUGAUCAUGAGAAGGACAGUGAGUUGAUUGCUUGCAUUUAUCAUCACCUCCAAUGCAGGAAUGGACUAAGUACUGGCAAAAUCAUUCAACGUUUCCCUGAGAAGGAUUGGGAUGAUUGCCCAUUCAUUGAAGGAAUUGAAUUGUUCUGCCAGCCUUUAGGAUGGAUGCUGAGCAGUGAGCGUCAGGAACCCAGAUACUUUGUCUCUGUUCUUACAGACAUUGAUGCCAACCGUCACUACUGUGCCUGCCUUACUUUUUAUGAAACUGUCUCCAUCACUCCACCAAAACCAGUGGAUGAAGAUGAUGACAGCUUGGAUUUUUUUGGGAAUGGCAAGCGGUAUGAUUGUUAUACGAACUUGAGUGAGAAACUCUCCAAAUGCUCAAUAGGCUGCGCCACACCUACUGGUAUAUCACAGAGCACCAUGAUGUUUGCCCCAAAGUGCUUAGUGCUUGUAUCAAGGCUGGAUUACCUUGAGACAUUUAAGGCAAGCAUAUGUUGGUACUUUCAGAACUGUUUGGGGAUUAUAUAUACUGGAUACAUGGACAAUAAUAUAGGGGCUUCUCUGGAGGCUUUAGUUGGGAAUAUGUUGGGUUGCAUUCAAGUACCCCCAGCUGGUGGACCCCAAGUAAGAUUCAGCCUUGGUGCAGGUGAUAGACAAGCUAUUCAGCCUCCUCUACAUGAAUCCCUCCCUGUCACCAAGAACACUGUUGCUCAACUCUUCCAGGAGCUUGGUAUUCUAAGUACAUUGACUCUCCUCUGUGCUGCCUUGACUGAGCAUAAAGUGCUGUUUCAUUCAAGCAGCUACACUCGUCUGACUGAGGGCUGUCAAGCCCUUACGGCCUUGAUGUUCCCCUUUCACUACACCCAUGUAUAUAUCCCAGUGCUUCCUGCCUCACUUCUUGAAGUUCUUUCCACCCCAACCCCAUUCAUAAUGGGUGUUCAUUCUUCACUCAAAUCUGAAAUCUCAGAACUCAUAGAUGUGAUAGUGGUUGAUCUGGAUGGAGGAGCUUUGAGUUUGCCUGAGAGAAUUCCAUUAUUCCCGGAGCCCCUGUGGUCACAGCUGAAACAAAGCUUGAGUCAAGUCUUAGAUCCUGGCUUAGGCAUAUCUGAUUCUGCCUUUGCUGCCGGACCUCCUCGUUCUCCACCCCCUGAGAUGUUGGACAAAGAAAUUCGUGCUGUUCUCAUGAGAACAUUUGCUCUGCUGCUUCAAGGAUAUCGAAGCUGUCUCACCAUUAUUAGAAUUCAUCCCAAACCUGUCAUCACUUUUCACAAGGUUCAAGCAAAGUGUUUUUACAUGGCUGCCUUCUUGGGCCAUCGUGGCCUAAUUGAAUGCGAGUUCACUGCAAGGCUUUUGAAUUGUAUGUUCUUCACUGCCUUUGUCCAUGAGAGAGGUUCUCCUUGGCGUCCAACUGAUCUUUGGGAUGACCUGUACAGUUCAUCUGCAGACUGGCUACGCUUGGAACAACAAGACUCUCGCAUGAUACAUCUUCACAUUCAGGUGAAUGUUUAUGAGUUUCAGGAACUGGCCCAGCAGCUGUAUAACAAUGAACAUCCUAACCCUCAACCAUACAGUCAGAAGAUCCCUAAACCUACAGAAGGAGCUUUUACUAGAGUUCACAUACCCCAGUUUCCUCUUCUGGAUACGAAGCAGGUUCAUCAUAUAAUUGAAGAAACUGUUGCCAAGCUGGGGGCUCAGAAGAAGUAUUGGGCCAGAGGAAGACCAGAGGAAGAAGACCCACUUUGCUGCGACCUUCUUCUUUCCCAGCUCUUCAGUGAUGAUGCAGUGAGCGAUAUCAGAAUAUCCUCAGUAAGGUCCCCUUCUCCCCGCAUUGUUCCCAUGGGCCCAGUUAUCACUAGUCUUCAGGAGAACAGACCUCUCAUCAAUAAUUCAGCCAGACGUCUUGAGGUCUUGAGGAAUUGUGUAAACUGCAUCUUUGAGAACAAGAUAGCAGAUGCAAGGAAAACAUUCCCUGCAGUACUUCGUGCUCUGAAGAAUAAGAAUGCACGUCUUGCUCUGUGUGAGGAGUUGGCACUUCAUGUCACAGGAAACAAGGCAAUGCUGGAACAUCAGCAGUUUGAUCUUAUUGUUCGUCUCAUGAACUGUGCUCUUCAGGAUGAAUCUGACAUGGAUGAGUAUGGAGUAGCAGCUGCAUUGCUUCCCUUGGCCUCUGCUUUCUGCAGGAAGCUUUCUACAGGUGUUAUUCAGUUUGCUUAUACCUGCAUCCAGAAGAUGGAAAUGAGAAGGUGCUCGGGAAUGGGAAAGGCUCCUGAGCCCUCUGCUUUGGAGGUGGCUGCAGAUCAGAUGCGACAGUGGGAAGCUCUGGCUUCAGAGAAAAAGCAGGAAUUGGUGACAAAUGAGGAAUCGACUCUCUACAGUCAAGCUAUUCACUAUGCAAAUCGACUAGUCUACUUGAAGGUCCCCCUCAACUCUUCACUCUCCCUUUCUCACUCUGAAAGUCUUUUGGAUGGUAGCAGCACUAACAGUGCCAACAACAGCAAUGCUGACACAACCAGCAUAGGAGAGGAAUCAGGGUUUGAAGAAGCCAAUAUUCCAGAUUCUGUUGUUAAGUUUGUAUCAAAAUUCAUUGACAAAGUUUGCACUGAAGGCAACGUAACCCCAGACCAUAUCCAGAUGCUUCGCCAGAACAUACCUGAUGUUGUUUCAAUGCACAUAGAAACCUUGGAGGCUGUCCACAGAGAAUACAAGCGUCUUCCACCCAUUCAGAAGCCUAAGAUCACCCAGCCAAGCCUCUUGCCUGGAGAAGAGCUCGUUACAGAAGGUUUGAGGGCAUAUCUCCUGCCUGAUGGUAGGGAAGAGCACAUUGGGGGUACAACAGGAGGUCCUGCUUUUCUGCCCGCUGAGGGUGCCUUGUUCCUCUCCAACUAUCGCAUCAUCUUUAAGGGAACACCUUGUGAUCCUUUCGCUUGUGAGCAUUCAAUCAUUCGCUGCUUCCCAAUGGCUGGAUUGACCAAAGAGAAAAAAAUCAGUGGUCAGUACUUGCCACAUGUGGAUCAGUGGCUCCAGGAAGGAAUGCAACUUCGUUCUGCAACAUUCCAGGUACUCAAGGUUGCUUUUGAUGAAGAGGUGGGUAACGAAAAGGUAGAACUCUUGAGGAAGCUUCUUCCUCGUCUCCGAUAUCCAGCUACUCUAUGUGACCUGUUUGCUUUUCAUGGCCAAGGAAUUGCACUCCUUGCUCCCACUUCAAAGGACAAAGCCAAGAAUGCAACACUCAGAGGCUUUGCCAAGAAGACUUUGUUGCGGACAGCAAAGAAAGCAGGGCUGAAACCAAAAUCUCCUAAACAGAAAAAAUAUGCAUAUCCAACAGAUGGAACCUUGAGGUCACGAACAUCACCUAGUCACUUGAGCCUUCAGCAUGGGGAGAGCCUGGAAACUAUGAGAAUGGGACUCAGUGCAACCCAAGAUGAACUAUCAGUCAUUGAUGAUAUAGAGUUGUCAGAAACUGUGCUGUCACAUCAGUCAUAUGCUGCUUUCCAACAAACUGACCCUAAGACUUUGGAAAGGCUGAUGGAAAGAAGUUAUGUGAAGGAUUAUGUGCGACUUGGUCUGGGGUCCUCACCAAAUGGAUCAUGCAAAACAUCCAAGCACAUUGAGCCUUUCAGGAUCAGUUCUAUCAAUGGCAACUACUCACUUGUUAGGAGUUAUCCAGCUCUUUUGGCGGUGCCGGGGCAAGUGAGUGAUGACAGCAUCAGUCGGUUUGGGAGACUGUAUCGGCACAAUCGAUUCCCUGUUAUAACUUGGCGCCAUCCAAAGACCAGAGCUCUUCUUUUACGAGGUGCAGGAUUCCAUGGAAAGGGAGUCAUGGGAAUGUUAAGAGUCCAUCAUACUCACCAAUCUGGAGUGCAUAGUGAGACAUCCAGCAACCUGGAACAGGAGAAGUUUUUGGCUUCAGUGGUAAACUUGACACCAAUGGCCAUGAUGAAGCAAGGUUCAACUUAUCUUCAUGAUUCCAAUCUCAGCUUGGAUUCCUUGGCUUUCACUGCUGCCAUGGGUGAUAAUUUUCCAACCCUUACUCCAGAGGCAUCCAGGCGGUCUAGUGCCUUCACCAAAGCUAUGACAUCACUCAGCAUAAUGGAUGAGACAGCAGAUGAAAGCAGUGAAAGAGAUCAUGGAAAAGACACUGUGGAGAUCAAUCAUAGGCAUUGCCAGUUGAGAAAGGAGCAAGCAUGGCUUCCCAAUGCUGUUGUCCAGUCUCAUUCAAGAGAAUCACUAGAGGAGAAUGAGGAAAAUUUGAUCACCAGCCCACCCAGUGACACAGAUUCAUUUCAGAGGCCAAUCCUUCACAAUCGUGCAUUGUCUGAGCCAUGGGACUCCACAGAUCGUGAUGAUCUUGAAAUUCUGGUUGCCAAGAAGGGACUGAGCAACUCAAUAUCUGGGUUAGUCUUCAGUGUAUAUGCCCUUGUCUGCUUCUUGCUUGCUCCUAUCUUUGGCAAGUUGCUCCCCUACACUGGCCCCAAGUUCAUGUUUAUUGCAGGUUCUCUGUUUGCUGGGAUCUGUUGCAUCCUUUUUGGAUUCUUAGAUCAGAUUGAGGAUCCAACGAUGUUUGCUUUGUUCUGCUUCCUGGUGAGAGGCAUGGAAGCAUUGGGUGCAGCUGCAUUCGGAACAGCUGGCUUUACGUUUGUUGCCCACGUCUUCCCUGACAAUAUUGGUGCUGUGAUGGGAGUAUUAGAGAUAUUUGUUGGCCUUGGACUAUCAGCUGGGCCAGCAAUAGGAGGUGCACUCUAUUCUGUAAGCAUUGAUAUCAUAAGAGCAUUGUGGCUGAACAUUUUAUCUCUUGCUCUCAUUGCAAUAUUUGGGGCUGCUGCUUGCAUUCCAACAUUUGAGCAGUCUUUCCGAGAGGCCAGGGAAGUGCUUGGUCCAUCUGUUGGAGGGAUCCUCAUGGAUCAUUUUGGCUUCCCUUUAGCCUCUGAUGCCAUUGGAUUUACCUCAUUUGGAUUGGGCAUUAUGGUGCUAUUGUUUCACAUUUAUUGGACUUCUUCCUCCACACAAAUGAAUGGUGCUACCAUUCUGCCUUCCAAAAGUCCUUCCUGUGAUGAGACUGAGCCAUUGCUUGGCAGAAACCGAUAGAUAACCUUUUUUUUUCAUUCCUCCAGAGAUGUACUGCUGUAGCGUUUUUAAUCCUCUUGCAUUUGUGAUACAAUUCAAUAUCAUGUGCUGUGUACCUAUGUGUCUGAUAUUCCAUUAUGAAUUUGCUAUAUAUUCCCUUUUCAAUUUAUAUAUUGGGCUUCCCACAUGUGAUGAGUCCAGAUGUGAAACUAAGGGUACAGCACUAAAUCAUAGAGUGGCCCAAAAUUUCUGGUUAAUUUUUGAUUCCAUGAGCUGUGAAACUGCAGAUGAAUAAUUACCAAAGGAAAUUCAGUGCAAGGUUUUGUCUCUUUUACAAGUGUUCUUGUUUCAUAUUCCUGAGGUGAUAUUUUUUUUAUCAUGGACUCUUGAUGUGUAAAAUACUCAUGUCACGAGAAAUAUUUUCAGUAAAAGUGAUUUUUUUGGUU